CUUUAAUACUUUUUCAAUUUCAGGGUGUCUGCAUUGGUCUAAGUGAAGUAAUGGCCAGUGCUGGUAGGAGUCAAUUGUUGAGUUUUAUGGAUGAGCUCAUCCCCACAAUUCGGACAGCACUUUGUGAUAGCAUGCUCGAGGUUCGUGAAUCAGCAGGCCUGGCAUUUAGUACUCUUUACAAGAAUGCUGGAAUGCAAGCAAUCGAUGAGAUUGUUCCAACACUUCUUCAUGCUCUGGAGAAUGAGGAGACCUCAGAUACUGCUUUGGAUGGCUUAAAACAAAUUCUGAGUGUCAGGACCACAGCGGUGCUGCCACACAUCCUCCCAAAGCUCGUUCAUCUUCCACUUUCUGCCUUCAAUGCGCAUGCUUUGGGAGCUUUAGCGGAAGUUGCAGGACCUGGUCUUGAUUCCCACCUUAGUGCUAUCCUUCCUGCUUUACUGAAUGCAAUGGGUUAUACUGACACAGAAGUUCAAAGUUUAGCGAAGAAGGCAGCAGAAACUGUUGUGUCAGUUGUUGACGAGGAAGGCAUGGACUCUUUGUUGUCAGAAUUACUGAAAGGAGUUGGGGAUAGUCAGGCUUCGAUUAGACGAAGUUCAGCGUAUCUUAUUGGAUAUCUGUUCAAAAAUUGCGACUUCUAUAUUGGUGAUGAAGCUCCAAACAUGAUAUCCACCCUGAUUAUUUUGCUUAGUGAUCCGGAUUCUGAUACAGUGGUGGUUGCAUGGCAAGCUCUGUCUAGUGUUGUGAGUUCAGUUCCUAAAGAAGUUCUUCCAACAUACAUCAAGUUGGUUCGUGAUGCUGUAUCUACUUCAAGAGACAAGGAACGUAGGAAGAAAAAGGGAGGACCAGUUCUUAUACCUGGAUUUUGCCUUCCCAAAGCUCUUCAGCCAUUGCUUCCUAUUUUUCUCCAGGUAUUCCAGGGUCUCAUUAGUGGAUCAGCAGAAUUAAGGGAGCAAGCAGCUUUGGGUCUUGGGGAGUUAAUCGAAGUGACAAGUGAGAAAACACUAAAGGAGUUUGUGAUUCCUAUCACAGGGCCCUUGAUUCGUAUUAUAGGUGACAGAUUUCCUUGGCAAGUAAAGAGCGCAAUUCUAUCAACUCUGAGCAUCAUAAUACGAAGGGGAGGAAUAGCCCUAAAGCCUUUUCUUCCCCAGCUUCAAACAACAUUUGUCAAGUGUCUACAGGAUAACACGAGGACAAUACGAUCUAGUGCAGCUCUUGCGCUUGGGAAGCUUAGUGCUCUCAGUACCAGGGUUGAUCCUUUAGUUGGUGAUCUGUUAUCUGGUGUGCAGACAUCAGAUGUUGGAAUUCGUGAGGCUACUCUGACUGCUUUGAAAGGUGUGAUUAAGCAUGCUGGUGGAAGUGUCAGCAUUGCUUCUAGAACACGCGUGUACACCCUCCUGAAGGAUUUAAUACACAACGAUGAUGAUCAGAUAAGAAGUUCUGCUGCAAGCAUAUUUGGAAUUAUUUCGCAGUACCUAGAAGACGGACAAGUUGUUGAAGUACUUGAUGAGCUGUCAAAAUCAGCUUCAUCAUCUAACUGGUGCUCAAGGCAUGGGGCAGUACUUACCAUUUGUUCAAUGCUUAAGCACAAUCCUGACAUAAUUUGUGCUUCUUCAUCAUUCACAUUGAUUGUGAACUGCCUCAAAAGCACCUUAAAUGAUGAAAAGUUUCCUGUUCGUGAAACAUCAACGAGAGCGUUAGGAUUGCUUCUACGUCAACAAAUCCAGAGUGAUCCGUCAAAUUCUACUUCACAUGUGGAAACUCUGGGAUCCAUAGUGUUGGCCAUGCAGGAUGAUUCAAGUGAAGUCCGAAGACGGGCUUUAUCUGCAUUGAAGGCAGUUUCGAAAGUUCGUGCUUCUGCUAAUCCUGGUGCCAUUGCCAUCCAUGUUUCAAAAUUUGGCCCUGUUCUGGCUGACUGCUUGAAGGAUGGAAAUACACCUGUGAGACUUGCUGCAGAGAGAUGCGCACUGCAUGCCUUUCAGUUGGCAAAGGGUACAGAAAAUGUUCAAGCUGCGCAGAAGUUUAUGACAGGCUUGGAUGCUAGACGAAUAGCAAAGCUCCCUGAACACAGGUGAAGUGUUUUUAAUUACUCCAGAUCUGUAGCCUACUGUUUG